GCCAGCAUAACUGCAGGCAUGUUCAGUGGGAUGGAGUUGCUGUAGACCCACGCAGAAGCUAGACUCCUCAGAAACCAGUUCUUUUGUAAGCUGACAUGAAGUAGACAGACCCUCUGAAGUUUUGUGCAUGCUGUGCUUCUUCUCCUCCACCCCCCUUGCUGCAACAAGAAAAGCCUUUUCUUUUAACCUGGCUUCCUUUGAAGAAGUGACUCAGGCAGCUUCAUGGCCUCUCAAGAUCCUCAAGGACAAAUUAACAAAAUAUUUCAGGAUUAUCUUCCGGGUUCUCCAGACCUUCCUAGCCAAAGUAAACCUAUUGAACCUACAGAAGCCUGGAAACAUGUACAACCUCCUCACAGCUUGCCUCCUGGUCUGGAAUACCUGAGCCAGCUGGACCAGAUAAUCAUUCACCAGCAGGUGGAGCUUCUUGAAGUCAUACUUGGUACAGAGACCUGCAGCAAAUAUGAGAUAAAAAACCAUUUGGGACAAAGAGUUUACUUUGCAAUGGAAGAAAAUGGUUGCUUUGAUCGUAACUUCUGUUCACCUAUACGAUCUUUCACGAUAAGGAUUACUGAUAACACCGGUCGAGAGGUGAUCACAGUGAAUAGACCCUUGAGAUGUAACAGCUGCUGGUUCCCUUGCUACAUGCAAGAGUUAGAAGUUCAGUCCCCUCCUGGUACAAUAGUCGGCUACGUUGUCCAGAACUGGGACCCUCUGCUGCCUAAAUUCACUAUACUGAAUGAGAGCAAAGAAGAUGUAUUGAAAAUAAUUGGCCCCUAUGCAACGUGCAGCUGUUUUGGAGAUGUAGACUUUGAGGUAAAAACUCUUAAUGAAAUGUCAACAGUUGGCAAGAUUUCCAAAUAUUGGUCUGGGUUUGUAAACGAUGUUUUUACCAAUGCUGCUAACUUUGGGAUCCAGGUUCCUGUAGAUCUUGACGUGAAAAUCAAGGCUAUAAUGAUUGGAGCUUGUUUCCUCAUAGAUUUAAUGUUCUUUGAGAACUCAUUGGAUGGAUUAUAACAAGCAAGAUGACAGAAACAAUAAAAUAUGCAGAAUGUGUUUCAGGUCUUCUAUUGCAUCCAUCACCAUGACAUCUGAGUGCCACCAGGCUCUGAUCCUGCAAGCUGACCCACACAAAGUGGUCCAGCAAUAUAAUGCAAGAUUGAAGCCUUACAGCCUGAUUCAAAGCCCAUUGAAGUCAACAGAAGUCUUUCCUUUAACUUUAAAUUAGGCCAUUUGUGUUAUUUGGAUAGACAAGUAUCUAAAAUAAUGUCAGCAAUAUAGCUCUCUGGAAUAGAAUGCCCAUGUCUUUCAAGUGUUGUGCAAUGCUGUUCAUGCUCUACAUAUAAAACGAGUGGCACUCAGGAAGUUAAACAGACA